AUGUUUAUCCAACUGCACCUCAUAUUUUUAUCUUCAUUAACCCACCUGUCUUUCUGCGCAAAUACCUGCUAUUUUCCAAAUGGGAAUCCCAGCAGCGAUGUCCCCUGUGACCCCAACGCGCUCUUCACACAGUGUUGUGGUUCCCGCUCCGCCUGCCUUACGAACGGACUUUGUAUUCUCGAAGCUUCAAACGAUACCGGCAUCAACUACGCCCGCGGUACAUGUACCGACAAAUCCUGGUCUUCGUCUUUGUGCCCGCAAACGUGCCAGUUGAAUCAGGAUACACCGAAAAAUUCCAGCGCGUACGAUUUCAGGACGAACGGUGUGCAGGUGUGGCAGUGUGGGAGUCAGGGAUAUGGAGAGGAAGCAAAGUACUGCUGCGAGAGCGAGGCGGAGAGGCAGAGGUGUUGUAGUACGGAAAAGGCGGUUUUUACGUUGGCGGGUGCUGAGUUGGGUGCAUCCACGAGUGCUGCAUUUACGAGUGCUACUUCGUCAUCUGCGCCGCUGUCAGUAUCAGGCGUGAGAACUUCAUCAUUUGGACCAACAGCGACGGGUUCCACUACCUCAGAGAGUGCACCAACAAGCACGUCGUCAGCGACCUCGUCAGCGACCUCGUCAGCGACUGCACAGAAGGCAGACAACGCAAAGAUGAUCGGUAUUGGAGCAGGCGUGGGUGGAGCAGUGGGACUCAUCGUUAUCAUUGUUGUGAUAUUGUGUUUCGCCCGGAGGCACAAGCGCCAGAAGAAAAGCAACGAAGAGCUCCAUGGACCGGGCAUCAGUGAGCUUCCCGGCAUUGAUCAGCGAAGCAAGCAGCCCUUCGAGAUAUGGACGCAACCGCAAGAGCUACCGUCCCAAGCUCCUCCAGUCUGGGAGCUAUCAGGAGAUCCGAGAACUCCACGCCUUGUCUGA